CUCCCCUCCCCUCUCCAGAUCCCUCCCUUCUCUCUACACUUCCUGUCCAUCUGUCUCCCUCCACUUUUCUCCUCCUCCCCUCCUCCUCCCAUCUUCUCCCUCCCUCACUUCCGCAGCUUCUCUCACAGAAACCAGAGGAUCGCUGGCCCUCCUGCGCAUGCGCAGUCAGUGCCAGGUGGACCGCGGUUUGGAAGCUCCAGCUCCGAGCCGGGGAUCUGCCCCAAAGUCUUCUCAGCUAUGUCGACCGGGGCUGCAACAUGAGCAUCCCUGACUACGUGCAGUGCGCUGAGAACGACCAGAUUCUCCCCGUGGUGGUCCAAGCCAUUGGGAUCAUCUCAGAGGAGAAUUUCUUUUGCAUCUAUAAGCGAAUCACCUUGGUGAGCCAGAUCAGCCCCUGUGGCUCCCAUUGGGCACUCUGUAUCCACUACAGGCACCACUAUGCACCCGAGAAUGGGUGGGUAAUCUUCCAGACACACAGCAAGGUAGUGGGCCUUGUCACCAUUGCCGACUGCCUCUCGGCCAAGGCCUUCGAGAAGCUCCACGUGCAGAGGAGCUGUAUGGCACAUCGUUAAUGACUCUCAGCUCUUUGUGCUGCAUGGGUAGGUAGCCGAGCAGAAGCGUACCGACGUGGCCUUCAAUCUACGAGGACUGCAGGCUGGUGGAGAAGAGUAUUGAGGAAUUCACUGUCUGUCUCUUCAUCAUGCUCAAGUCCAAGUGGCUGGAUAGGGCCCCCAACAAGUCUGGGGAUAAGAUCCCCCUCCUCUGCACCUUGUUUGAGAAGGAGGACUUCAUGGGAUUGGACACAGACAGCAGGUGCCCUCACCUCCAGUGACAUCCAUCCAGACACCAGCACUGACACUGGCCGUGCUCAGAAGUGCCUCAGCCCUGAAGACACAACUGACAUAUAGAAGGGGGCCACGCCCUGUUACAGCAGUGUAAGAAUGCCGGUGACUCAGUUAGAAGCAUGCUUCAAAGCUGUCCGUGUCUUUGCCAUCCAGAAGCGGAGCCUGGGAGCUUCCGAAUUUCUCCAGAAUGCGGUUUACAUUCACCUUCGAUAGGGCCUGCAACACGAGCAUCCCUGACUACGUUCAGAGUGCUGAGGACUACAAGACUCUCCCCGUGGUGGUCCAAGCCGUUGGGAUCAUCUCAGAGGAGAAUUUCUUUUGCAUUUAUAAGCAAAUCUCCUUGGUGAGCCGGAUCAUACCCUGCGGCUCCCAGUGGGCACUCUGUAUCUACUAUAGGCACCACUAUGCGCCCGAGAAUGGGUGGAGCGAACUCCAGACCAACCGCAAGGUCGUGGGCCUUGUCACCAUUGCGGACUGCCUCUUGGCCAAGGCCUUCGAUAAGCUCCACAUGCAGAGGAGCUGUAUGGCACCACGCUUAAUGACUCUCAGCUCUUUGUCUUUGUGCUGCAUGGGGAGGUAGCCGAGCAGACACGCACCGACGUGGCGUUCAAUCUACAAGGACUGCAGUGUGGUGAAGAGGAUCGAGGGCUUCACUGAGUCACUCUUCAUCUCGCUCAAGUCUAAGUGGCUGGAUGGGGCCCCUGACAACUCUGGGGACAAGAUCCCGCUCCUCUGCAUCCUGUUUGAGAAGGAGGACUUCAUGGGACUGGACACAGACUGAAGUAACAAAGAAACAAGACAGAAAAAGCAGAGGAUGAUUUCUGUUCUUCCUCUCGGCUUGCAGGUGCCCUCACCUCCAGUGGCAUCCAUCCAGACACCAGCACUGACACUGGCCGUGCUCAGAUCUGCCUCAGCCCUGAAGACACAACUGACAAAUAGAAGGGGGCCAUGCCCUGUUACAGCAGGUGCUCUCACUUUGUGGGUCCUUAUGUUACUGGGCAUUGUUAUUCAGGAUCGCCCAUUCUACAUUGUUUGAAGCUGCUGCGGUGUCUCCUAGUUAUUUGUUUCUGUAAGUACUCAUGUAUUUUCUCCAAUGCA